CUGUCCCAUUGCAGAUCGAGUCACAACAAGAAAAAAGACUACAAAAUGGUACAAGUGAAUGAUGAGGAUAACAUGUUGCUGAAUCUGCCAUCGCAUAUUAUCAUCGACAUCCUAUCCAGACUGUCCACAAAAACUCUCUCCAGAUGCCGCUGCGUUUGCAAGCUCUGGCAGAAGUUACUUUCAGAGCCCGAGUUUUCCAGUUUUCGCAUCUUAAGACCACCUACUACCAGCCUUAUGAUACAUAAGAACUCCGAUUCUUCCUUCAACCUGGUGGAAUUUGAAGAUGAGCCUAACUACCACGACUUUUACUGCGUACCAGGGACAAAAUUCGAGCAACCCCCCAAAGGUCUGAGACAGAAUUGUAUGUCCAUGUUCGGUUCUGUCGAGGGAUUGAUUUCUUUUCACGAGUUUGGUUUCCAGAAUCCAGAUACAGUUUACUUAUGGAAUCCGGCUACGCAAGAGUCCAUCACUAUUCAGAGCGCUGGAGGUGUAAUGGAAUUUCCUAAUGUAACGAGCUAUGGAUUCGGAUUAAGCUCGAAAACUGGAGAGCACAAGGUGGUUAGGAUUUACCAAGAAGUUCUGGAGGAGAAUUUGUUGCAUGUAACCAGAUCUGAUUGUCAUGUUUACACACUUGGAUCAGAAGGGUGUUGGAGAUACACAGGGCAUGCCCCAUUCCUCUAUAGUUGUCGAGCGAACGGAGUUUUUCUGAAUGGUAAUCUGCAUUGGUUGAUUCGUGAUCCUGAUGGCAAGGAAUUCAUUUCUUGUUUUGAUCUAGACAAGGAGUCAUUUCAGCCCUUUCCAGCUCCUCCUGAAUUGGACGAACUAAAUCUUGCUAGCUUGGAGCUUUACCAAGAUUGUCUAAGCGUGUGUGACAACACUUCAGACUUUGAUAUAGUCAUUUGGGCGAUGAAGGAAUAUGGGGUCAAGAAAUCCUGGUUUAAGCAGUUUGUUAUCGACAAGCAUCCUAUUGAUCUGGUUGGUCAAUACUAUGAAGUUGUUCGGAUUCUCAAAGUUUUCAGGGAUGGAGAGAUUUUGCUGAUGUGGAGGGAUGAUCAGUUGAUUUCAUUUAACUCUAAGACCAAUUCUUUGCAACGUAUUGACAUGAACAGAUUCAUAUGUGCACCCGAUGAAAGUGAUGAAGAGCGCUUUCCUUGCAUUGAAGCAGUCAAUUAUGCUUCGAGCUUUAUUUCCUUGAGGAGAUUUGAUGUGGAGAUGGUCGAAAACACUUUUUAAAUUUGAAGUCUACAUGUAUUUGGGGAUUGAAACUUUGGUUUUGGUUCGAUCUCUAUGAUGAAUGAGUAUGUUAAUAUGGAUGUUUAUAGUAUAGAGUUGCUAUUUGUAAUACUAAAGGGGGGGAAAUUAAAUGUUAAGAGUAAUAGCUUUAUUAUUUUGUAGAAAUAAGGUUUGCGAGGCAGAGGAAAUAGAGGAACUAAAGAUCAAUUUUAGU